AUGUGAUCAGAGUGUGUUGUCAUUUUGUUACUGUGGUUCAGUGAUUGUUUGCUGUUGGUUGCUGGUAUGUAAAUUAGGGCGGUUAUUAACGUCUAAAUUCUCAUUUAAAUUGUGUUUGGGCGAGUUUUUGACAGGAAACAUUCAACUGUAACGUUAUCUGGCAACACUGCCCACUUGGAUUACAACGCCGACCUUCGUUUUAUAGUAUCCUGAGCCUGACACUUUCAGUCAUGGACAUGUUGCACUUUUACCAGUGGAUCGACAUCAAAAGUCUUUUGAUAUUUAUGUGUGUGUUUUUGUUACUAAGUGACUAUAUUAAAAAUAAAACGCCGAAAAACUUUCCUCCUGGACCCUGGUCUUUACCGAUUAUAGGAGACCUUCAUCAUCUCGAUCCAAGAAAGAUUCAUCUUCAGUUAUCAGAGUUUGCAGAAAAAUAUGGCAAGAUUUUCAGUCUUAGACCUUUCGGACUAAGAAUUAUAGUGUUGAAUGGAUAUAACGUAGUGAAGGACGUGUAUACACAACAGGGUGACAACCUCAUUGGUCGAGUCGUUUUACCAUUAUAUCAGGACAUUAUUGGAGACAAAGGUUUAGUGUCUUCCAGUGGAUAUAAAUGGAAGCAUCAGAGGAGAUUUGCACUCUCAACACUUCGAAACUUCGGAUUGGGAAAGAAAAGCCUUGAGCCAUCCAUCAGUCUUGAAUGUGGCUUUCUGAAUGAGGCCAUUUCACAUGAGCAAGGUCGACCCUUUGACCCUCGCUUACUUCUGAACAACGCUGUCUCGAAUGUGAUCUGUGUGCUGGUGUUUGGUAAUCGAUUUGACUACAGUGACCAUCAUUUCCAGACUUUGUUGAAGAACAUCAACGAGACUGAGUAUUUGGAAGGAAGCAUCUGUGCCCAACUUUAUAACAUGUUUCCAUGGCUCAUGCGAUAUCUGCCUGGAUCACACAAAAGGAUUAUUGCUCUGUGGGGGAAGUUGAUUGACUUUAUUCGAGAGAGGGUGAAUGAACACAGAGUGGAUCAUGAUCCACUGAAUCCUCGAGACUACAUUGACUGCUUUCUAGCUGAGAUGGAGAAACUUAAAGACGACACAGCUGCAGGGUUUGAUGUGGAGAACUUGUGCAUCUGUACUCUGGAUCUGUUUGUAGCGGGAACUAAGACCAUCUCCACCACUCUGUAUUGGGGUCUUCUCUACAUGAUGAAGUAUCCUGAAAUACAAGCUAAAGUUCAGGAGGAGAUUGAUGCUGUUGUUGGAGGCUCACGGCAGCCAUCUUUAUCAGAGAGAGACAACAUGCCCUACACCAAUGCUGUUAUUCAUGAGAUACAGAGGAUGGGAAAUAUCGUCCCAAUAAAUCUGGUCAGGACUCUUUCAGAAGAUACUCUAAUAGGACAAUACUCUAUUCCAAAGGGCACAAUGGUGACCAGUAAUUUGACAUCAGUGCUGUUUGAUGAGUCUGAGUGGGAGACGCCUCACUCUUUUAACCCGGGUCACUUCCUGGAUGCUGAGGGCAAAUUCAGGAGGAGAGAUGCCUUUUUACCUUUUUCUCUGGGAAAGAGAGUGUGUCUUGGGGAGCAGUUGGCGAGGAUGGAGCUCUUCCUCUUCUUCUCCUCUCUGCUGCAGCGCUUCACUUUCUCUCCACCAGCAGGUGUGGAGCCCAGCUUGGAUUAUAAAAUGGGGUUAACUCGCUGUCCCAAGCCAUAUAAACUGUGUGCAGUGCCACGGUAAAUUAAAAAAUACAGAUGCAA